GUCUGCACAGCACAAAAUCGUCUUCGUCUCGGUUGGAACAGCGUCCGUUCCGCGAAAAAUUUUAAAAUAAUAAUUGAACCGUAAAUGUAUGGUAAAUAAGGUGUUGGAAACAGUAAAUAUGCGCAAACGCAAAUUGUAUAUACUUUGAAAAAUUCUGAAAAGGCGCUGCCAACAGCAUAAACAAGGAAUUGCAACUUUUGUUGUGCGCAGACCACAGAUAACAGCACAUAAACACAUAACAUGGAUAUGCAAGUCAAGUGUAGAGAUUAGUUGAAUGCUUUGAAUUUCAAAUUCAAUAUACUAAAUUAACUGUAAUUAGUCUAGUUGACUAGCCCCAAGCGCGGCUACAAGCCAGCCACAAUAAUUAGCAGGCACAACCCAAGAGAAGUUUUUAAACGUAAACUUUUUGUGCAACCACAACAACAAAAACAACAACAACAAUCUACAACAACAAGAAGAGAGUGAGGAAGGAAAGGACACACAUUACACCUAAGGCCAAACCAUGACGACUGACACCCGCCGACGUGUUAAGCUUUAUGCGCUGAAUGCAGAGCGCCAAUGGGAUGAUCGUGGCACUGGCCAUGUCUCUUCCACGUAUGUGGAGCGUCUCAAGGGCACUUCGCUGCUGGUUCGUGCCGAAUCAGAUGGUUCCUUAUUGCUGGAGAGUAAGAUUCAGCCAGAUACCGCCUAUCAGAAGCAACAGGAUACGCUGAUUGUCUGGUCGGAGGGCGAUAAUUUUGAUCUGGCGCUGAGUUUUCAGGAGAAAGCCGGUUGUGAUGAGAUAUGGGAGAAGAUAUGUCAGGUGCAGGGCAAGGAUCCAUCCGUGGAGAUUACGCAGGACAUUGUCGAAGAGUCAGAGGAUGAACGUUUUGAGGAUAUGUCGGAUACAGCACCGCCAAUUGAGUUGCCGCCAUGCGAACUGUCACGGCUCGAGGACAUAUCCGAGACAAUACAAAGUUGCCUUUCGACGCCGCUGCGCAAGGAGAAGCUCUCCAUGGCCCUGGAAUCGGAGAACUACAUUAAAAAGCUUUUGAAUCUGUUUCAUGUUUGCGAAGAUCUCGAUAAUACGGAAGGGUUGCAUCAUCUCUUCGAGAUAUUUAAGAACAUUUUCUUGCUAAACAAGAACGCGCUCUUUGAGAUUAUGUUUGCGGACGAUACUAUCUUCGAUGUCGUCGGCUGCCUGGAGUAUGAUCCUAGUGUGGCACAGCCGAAAAAGCAUCGCCAAUAUCUCAAACAAUGGGCCAAGUUUCGGGAAGCUGUACCAAUCAAGAACAUGGAUCUGUUGGCCAAAAUUCAUCAAACAUUUCGUGUGCAGUACAUUCAGGACAUUAUAUUGCCUACGCCGUCUGUCUUUGUCGAGGAUAAUAUGUUGAACACGUUAUCAAGUUUUAUAUUCUUCAACAAAGUUGAGAUUGUUACGCUCAUCCAGGAGGAUGAACGUUUUCUGCUUGACCUAUUCACCCUGCUCACGGAUCCGGCAACUGGCGAUGUUAAACGGCGUGAUAUCGUACUAUUUCUGAAAGAGUUUUGCAAUUUCGCGCAAAACUUACAGCCCCAGGGCAAGGAUUCGUUUUACAAAACACUCACCUGCCUGGGCAUAUUGCAGGCCCUCGAGCUGACGCUAGUUAUGAACGACAAUAAAACCAAGUCGGCAUCCAUUGACAUACUCACGGCCAUUGUCGAGUUCUCGCCGUUGGUGGUGCGCAAUUAUACACUGAAUCAAGCCAAUCGGCCGGAGGGCGAGCGAAUGUUGCUGAACAUUGCCAUUGAACAAAUGUUGAACGAUUCGGAACCAGAGCUGGGCAUUGCGGUGCAGUUGAUGGGCAUCAUUAAGAUACUGCUCGAGCCGGAAAAUAUGCUGACUGAGAAGGGCGAUUUCCUCAACUUUUUCUAUAAGUUUAGCGUCCAAACGCUAGUAGCGCCUCUGAUGCUCAAUACGAUGGGGGAUCGUCCACAGAACGAGGAUUAUCAGACGGCCCAGUUGUUGGGCAUUGUGUUGGACAUCUUGUCGUUUUGCGUUGAACACCACAGCUAUCAUAUUAAGAAUUUUUUGCUGCAAAAAGAUCUCCUCAAACGAAUUCUGGUGCUGAUGAAGAGCACACAUACGUUCCUUGUACUUGGCGCCCUGCGGCUGCUACGCAAGAUAAUUGCACUUAAAGAUGAGUUUUAUAACAGGCACAUUGUCAAGUGCAAUCUAUUUGCGCCCGUUGUGGAUGCCUUUAUUCGUAACAAUGGUCGCUAUAAUCUGCUCGAAUCGGCCAUUCUGGAGCUAUUUGAGUUUAUAAAACUCGAGGAUAUACGUACGCUGUGCGUAUACUUCGUGGAGAACUUUAGCAAGAUAUUUGAUGAAAUCGAAUAUGUGCAAACAUUUAAAUACCUAAAGAAUCGUUAUGAUCAAUACCAGGAUCGGCUCAAGGAUCGCGACAAGUUAGAAAAUCGCACAGAUGGAAGUUUGCCCAUGAUACGCAGCGGCAAUCGUUUUCGUCGCGAUCAGCGCCAGAUGGAGGAGGAGGAGGAGAUGUGGUUUAAUGAUGAUGAUGACUUUUCCGAGGAAAUCGAUAGCUAUAACAAUGUCAUGAAAUCCGUCAGCGAAAAAAAUGGCCCGCAGCAAACACAAAAUCAGACGGCGCAGCAAAAAUCUUCGCCGCCGCACAGUACAUCACCGCACGGCGGUGGUCUGUUGGGCAAUCUGAAUUCCACAGCGACAGCAACUGCCACCUCAGUAUCAGCGCCGGCGGCAAGUGGCAGCAGCAGCAGCCCCGAGGCGACGAGCAACUCCGCCGCCGCUGCCGAUGAGCAGGCCCAGGCCGCAGUGCAGCUGGCCGCCGCUGCCAACAUUGCAUUGCAGCAGCAACAGCAGCAGCAGCAUCCAUUCCAGCAACAGCAAACUUUGUCCCUGAAUAGCACACUUGUGGCAGCGGCCGCUGCUGCUGCUGUCGCCUCCACAUCGAAUGCGGCUGCUGCGGCGCAGCUGGAAAGUCAACAACUGCAGCAUCAACAACAGCAACAACAGCAGCAGCAACAGCAGCAGCCUCAGCCGGAGAUUGCAGAGCUGCAGCAGCAGCUGAGCGCUGUGGUGCCACAGAAUCCGGAGAUGGUGCUGUCAACCGCCAACUCUGCGGCAGCAAAUGCAUCCUCUUCAUCGUCGUCGUCCUCUUCGUUAUCUUCAUCAUCGUCGUCAUCGUCAUCGUCGUCAUCAUCAUCAAUGGAAGCGUCCACGUUGUCGUCAACACCGCCGCCGACAACAUCUUUGCCAGCCGCCGCACUGUGCGAUUCGGCGACAGUGGCCGCCGUGGCGGCAUCUCAAUUUUUGACAACGAUUGCAACAGCCAUGGCUUCGGUGACGGCAGCAGCUGCUACUGGCACGCCUAAUUUAACGACAGUUGCUGUGUCCAGUGAGGACAGCAGCGAGCCGCAGCCGCAGACACAACCACAGCCACCUGCCACAGAAGCCAACGAUGCGCUUAAACUGGAUGGGGAAAAGACGGCGCUCAGCGCAGAAUCGCCAACGGGCGGCAGCGACGCGGACAAGGCGACCAAAAAGGGACUGGUCGACUAUGAGAGCGAUUCUGGUGAAGAUGACUACGAGGAGGACGAGGACUCGGAUGGGCCCCACGCACAAAAGCGCGCCCGUAUUGCAUAGUAAGGGGCGUUUAGCACAGCGGCAUCAAUUAUAAAAUAGUACACACACACAUAACCACACAUCCAAUUCUCACACAAACACACACACACACACACACACACUCACCAGCGAAUGCAAGGGUUGAAGAGUGGGCGGAGCAGCAGCAGCAACAAUUGUCAGCCAAGCAUAGAGCGGUACGAUGUAAGAUCGAACAAGAACAAGGAACAACAACAACAACAAAAACAAGAGGCCCGGGUAGAGUUCGGAAGGCUCCCAGAUGAUGGGGACGCGUUUUGCUUGUAAGCGAUCAUGUAAGAAGAAGAACAAGCAACAAAAUAUAAAAUUAAAUUUUA